CCGCCUCUUUUUUCCGCCCUGCGCCGGAAGUGGAGGGGCGGGGCGAGGGUGAGGCGUCGUAGUCAUAGCAACGGCGGCUGCGCGGCCCUGCGGCCAUUCUGCUGCGCUCUUCCUCCACGGCUGCAAUGGGUUCUGCGCUUUCUCUGUCUGCUGACAGCGCUGCCUCCAGGCGGAGGAGGAAGGCUGACGAGGAUGAUGAUGGUGAUGAUGAUUUACUCGACAGCCGAGACCGCAAUGAGGACAUUGCCAAAUUUCCAUACGUUGAAUUCACGGGUCAGGACAGCAUCACCUGCCCCACUUGCCAAGGCACUGGCUGCAUUCCCACAGAGCAGGUAAAUGAGUUGGUGGCUUUGAUACCCUACAGCGACCAGAGGCUCCGUCCACAGAGGACGAAGCUCUAUGUCCUCCUGUCGGUGCUGCUCUGCCUUCUGAUCUCAGGGCUGGUCGUUUUCUUCCUCUUUCCACACUCUGUCCUGGUGGAUGAUGGCGGCAUUAAGGUGGUUCAGGUCUGGUUCGACAGGAAGAACUCUGUUGUCCUCCUUGCCAUCACGGCCACUUUGCAGAUCAGGAACUCCAACUUCUACUCAGUGACAGUGGACAGUCUGACCAGUCAGGUGCAGUACAUGAACACCGUGGUGGGCAGCCAGCAGAUCACCAACAUCUCCAGCAUCCAGCCACUAAGUGACAAGCUGGUGAAUUUCACGGUGAAGGCGGAGAUGGGAGGACCUUUCUCCUAUGUGUAUUUCUUCUGCACGUUUCCCAAGGUGAAGGUGCAUAAUAUUGUCAUCUUCAUGAGGACGUCGGUGAAGCUCUCCUACAUGGGCCGCAGGACGCAGAGCUCGGUGGAAACGUAUCACUACAUCGACUGCAGCACCAACUCCACGGCUGACCCGGCCCCCUCUGGGCACAGCAUGGCUCUGAGCAGAGCCUGAGCAAAGCCUGAGCUUGCUGCUGUGUUCUGGGGGUGGUGAUGAUGCAGAUGCAUUUCCCUGGUGAAAUAUGAAACGUGUAGCUUAGAAAAGGAACUUUGCGAUGGAAGCAGAAGGACCGCAAGUGGCUUUAGGAGAGACUUGAAGGCUCUGGGUCCCUUUUGCGCUUUGCCGCCUGCAGCUGGGCUGCGUUGCUGGCCUGUCCCUGAUCUUGAUGUUCACUUACAAGCCUCCAGGUCCCUUCCAAAGUGAGAGGCCUGACUUUUUCUUGGGCUCUUUAACUGUUUUUUUGUGUAGGAGAGCUGAGGACUCGAGCUCUGUGCUUUGGGGUCUGAGGAUCUCAAGGCCUUAGAUUUGAGUUUUGAAGUUUAGCACUGUCUGCUCCUUUCAGGGCAGGCUAACUAGUUCUGUGUGAUGUAUCCCAAUCUGGCUUGGUGGCAGCCUGUCGCUGGCAUCUUUCAGAGCAGAACUUGAUAAAAAGGGAUAAUUCUCUGCCAGGGACGCACAGAUGAGGUGUUCAGGCUUUCACCUGUGUAAUUUGCACUAGUAGGAGGAAAGGGAAUUGAAACCACCGCAAUGUUUUCUCCUUUGCUGGCAGCUGAGGCUGCCUCCAGCGACCCGAUACCAAAACACCGGUCUUAAUGAGGGCAGCCUCAUUAAGCAGGGUGCUGUUGGCGUGGGGAAGGGUCCCUGUGGCUUUGACCCCCUGAUCUACGCUGAAGCUGCUUCUUGGGCAUUCAGCAGCUGUGAGUUCCCUGGUGUCGAACCCGGGGAAGGUGCAGCUCAGUGCUGCUUUGUGUUUGCGGACCUGAACUGAUUGUGUUGAAGAUGGGGCAGUUUUGUGUUUCAAAGGCUCACCUCUCCGGAGCCGAUCGUUCCCAAAGGAUGGCAAAGCAAACAAAGCUGCAGUUGAGCCUGCUGCAGUUGAGCCUGCUGCAGUUGAGCCUGCUGCAGUUGAGCCUGCUGCAGUUGAGCCUGCUGCAGUUGAGCCUGCUGCAGUUGAGCCUGCUGCAGUUGAGCCUGCUGCAGUUGAGCCUGCUGCAGUUGAGCCUGCUGCAGUUGAGCCUGCUGCAGUUGAGCCUGCUGUGUUUGCAGCUUGGAGAACUUUGUUCUGCUUUUUCCCUUUUUGCUUUUUGUGGAACCAGGUCACUGCAGCCUCCCGUGUUUCCUCUGCACCCACCCUGUGCUGUUCUCCAUCCACCUCUAUGUGGAAACAAAGCGGCCAAAGCCUGCAGGGGAAAUGGCUCCGGUGCUUUGUCAAUGAAGGAGGCUUUCUUUUGUGCAAGCGUGAAAUAAAAAUGCCCUUUGUUUUUUAAGAGGUGGAGUGUCUUCCCAGCAGAGCUGCUAGAGCUGAAGCCCGCUUCUUAAAGCGGGGCUGUGCGAUGAGCGAUGCCUUUACAUGGAAACCGAGGAAACGCUGUGUCUGCGUCCUGUGGAAAGCAACCUUUUGUCCCAGUUCGGUGACUGGCAUCGUGUCACCUUUUUCCUGCUGCUGAUUCGGGGCAGUGAGGGCUGAAAUCCUCGCCUCACCUCCGUUGCCACGCAGGCUGCAGGGUUUGGGUUCGUGGACCUCGGCUCUGCUGUCCCUGCACCGUCCCCAUCACGAGCUCCUCACGCCGUGCUGAUAAACCUGAUAAACCCCCAGCAGCUUCUAACUGUGCUGAGUUGAGGUUGCUGUAGGGAAGCUGCAGGGCUCACAUGCUCUGCCCUUUCUCGUCCUGCUGGCUGAGCUUCCUGCAGCCCUCACAGCGUGGUGGGGCUCUGUGUCCCCUCAUGGGUGGCAGCAGGAGGUGGCAGAGCUUCCUGCUGACCCCCAGCCCUUUGCUGCGGUGCUUUGGCUGCAGGUAACAGAUGCUCUUCUGCUCCCUGGGGGCCAGAUCCUAAAAGCAGAGCAGCUUUUACCUGGUGACGGCGAGCUCAGAGCCUGCGGGAUCCCCCAUGCUGCUGCUUAUCCGAGCAGGGAAACAGCUUGUAGGACACGGAGAGCCCUGGUAAUUGGGGGUGCCCUCUGGGUCAUGUGGCACUCGGCCUUAUAAAGGGCGUUUAUUUUGGAAAAUCCUCCUUAAUCCUCCAAUCCUUUCUAAUGAAUUUCUUCUGCCAACGUUUCUUGCAGCUCCCAGCCCUGGAAAGCUGCUUCAGGUGCUUGGGCUGCAGCAUUGCCAGCUGCCAGCGCUUAAAACUGAGACCAGGGCCCCAAAGUAACAUUUCUUUAAAGGGGUUUUUAAUCCUUUCAAGUCAUAAUUUCUCUUAAUGAAGGACUGCUGUCAGCCGGUGCAAAAAGUAACAGCAGUGCUGUGGUGAAACCUGCGGGCCAGCAGCUCUCAUGGGGUCGCUGGGCUAAUUUUCUUGCAGAUAGUUAAAAACAAUUAAACUUCUGGGGCUUUCCCUCUAAUUAGCAAGCUGCUUAAGAGCAGCAUUUACAUAUGUCUUGUUUUAAUAAAGCCUAAAGGCAGGGCUGCUUUACCACAAGGGCUCCACGUUGCGCCCCGUGGCCGUGAGCUCUUCUGCUUUCAGUUGUGCAGAAUCCAUCCCUAAAUUAUGUGUGCACAAAAUGGGACUGGAGCAGGGAAGGCAGAGGGAUUUGCUUUUCUUUGAGGGAUUUUAGUUGUGGUUUCACCCCCUUCCCGUAUCUCUAAUAGUUGCUCUCUAUGGCUGCCUGAAGGGAGGUUGUAGGGAGCUGGGGGUCAGCCUCUGCUCUCGUGUCAUCAGUGAUGGGAGCAGAGAGAAUGGUUUCAAGCUACAGCAGGGGGGAUUCAGGCUGGACAUGAGGAAGUAUUACUGUUCAGAAAGGUGGUCAGCACUGCAAUGGAUGCACAGGGAGGUGGGGGAGGCACCGAGCCUGGGGGUGUUGAAGGAAAGGCUGGAUGUUGUGUUGAGGGACGGGGUUCAGUGGGAGCUGUUGGGAAUGGGGGAACGGUUGGACUGGAUGAGCUUGGAGGUCUUUUCCAACCUUGGUGAUUCUGUGAUUCUAAGCUGUAAGGCUGAGAUCUGAACCCAAACCUUUAAAGGGGGGGCGACUGGAUGGCAAACAAACACAAAACGACCCGCACGGCGGCUUUACUUUCCACCAAAAGUUUUUUUUUUGUUUUUUUUUGUUUGUUUUUAUAUCAACUGAUGUUAAAAAAUACAGACUUGUUUUACAAGAAUAGCACCAUUUCUGUCGUAUGAUACAUUAGCACUCCUGCUGUGAUACACGGGGAGGGGAGGGGAUUCCGCGAUACCUGCGUUUUGCC